UUCCAUUUUGUUGCAGUUCAGUGUCGGGAGGGAGAAGUGGCGUAUUUACGGCCACUGGUAACAACAUAUAAGCCUCGAGAGUGACAGAUUUGUAGGAAAUAUAGCUUUGCUGUUCUUCCUACAGUAUCUGCCGAAGGAUAUCCGAGGCUACCUAUAUUUUUUUUCGACGAAAGGCUUCAACAACAAAGCCUGAGGAAGUCGGCAGUCGACUUCUUGGAGCAUCGUGCGCCGAGAAUUGAUGUUCAGCUCGGCUUCACGGCAAAACAACGAUCAUUGGCACAUGAAAACCUCAGACCUUGCUGGACACACAAGUGCAGCGAGAAGUAGACAGAGAACUACUUCGAGGACCUGGGGACCGAUCGGCGGUGAAAGAUUAAAGCAGGAUCUCAUCGUCUUCAGCCUGACAACAAAGAGGUGACAGGUAGUACAGAAACAUGGGAGGUGGAGAGAGGUACAACAUUCCAAUUUCCCACCCUGAACGCCCCAAGAAGAGCCACCAGCUCGGCAAGGCCAAGCAGAGGAGCCGUGACCAGAGCGGAGCAGUAGUGGCAUCCGUGGGAGGGGCGGCGGGCCUUCACCAUCACGGUCACCGCCGGAGUGACAAGGGCACCACCUACCACAGGUCUCCGGAGGCAUGGCAGGCCGCGUCUGUGGAGAAGAAUGCUUCUGUCCGUUUCGCCACCACCUACGAUCAAAACUGGGAGGGCGCAGUGUCUCACCUUAAUACGCUGCUAGCAACUCAGGGCAGCCCGAGUUAUGCAGGGCCUAAGUUCAGUGAGCCGCCCUCGCCCAGCGUGUUGCCCAAACCUCCCAGUCAUUGGGUGUCUUUCCCUAUGGGAUCCUGUGACCACAGAGAGAUAAUGGCCUUCCAGCUAAAGAGCCUCCUGAAAGUGCAGGCUUGAGAUAGAAACCUCCACCUCAUUUAUAGCCAGCCAAUUUACUGCGACUCUGUUUAGGCACCCGCUUUCCAGGAACACCCCGUGGUUGUAAUAGAUUUCUCAUUUUUGGCUUAAAUCCUCUCAAAGUUGGGCAUUUGCAACUGUUUCAGAGUUUUCUAACUGUUUUAAAGAUAUUACAGCCAUGUGGCCUUGCUGGUUGGCCCUGCCUUUAGUGGAGUCAGUUUCUGUAACUGAUGACUGGAUCCUUUUUUUUUUUUAAAAAAAACUUCUGUUUUGUUUUGUUCUUUUUAGUGUUGGCUGUUAAA